CAGUUUAUUCAGUAUUUAAAUACAUCGACAGCGAUAUCUCAAAUGUAUUUUACACUCCGAUUUCUGUGGGCUGACAAUGAGUAGUCCACGCUAGAGUGAGAGUGCCUUGUUCAUAGAAUCCUUAUACCAACUUCAAUACAUCAUGUACUCGCGUCCUUAGAAACAGGGCUUGUGCAAUCUGUCAGGAAUUAUUAUUACUUAUUCAAACCUAAUUUACUGUUUGUAAUUAAAAGCAAAAUAGGUUAUAAAUGAUUAAUAAUUUUAUUUUCAUGUGACAUUUCGAGAAAAUAAGUGAAAGAAUCUACAGGGAAUUUAGAUUAUACGUUAAUUAUAUUGGUGAAUACUUUUCGGUGACAAAAAUACUAAAAUUUCUGAUCUUGAGCAGUAUCCAAGAUGGCACCAGGGGCUGAAGAGCAUGGACAGAAGAAAAAGGUUAUGAUCGCGGCUGAAUACACAGGUCCAGGACCAGCAAAAUAUUUACUACCAAAUACAGUAGGUACAAAAGAAGUGGAUGUUACGAAAAAAGGAUCACCAUCAUUUACAUUUGGAUCAAGAUAUUUUUCCAAUGAAUUCAAACGCAUGGUGGAUAAAAGUUUUAGUCCAGGUCCAGCUUAUAACGUUGAUAGUUCAUUUACCUCCAAGGGUCGGGGAGGAGGUCCAAGUUACAGUUUUGGUGGUCGUAUCAAAGAACCAACAAGAUGGGUGAGUCCGGGCCCAGGAGCAUACAGUACAGACAGGAAACCAUUGAGGGAAAUUAAUGCGCCUGCGUAUUCAUUAAGUCCAAGAACAACACAACGAAGAAUUGAUUACACGCCGUCGCCUAAUGCGUAUAGUCUUCCAUCAACGAUAGGACCUAACGUACCGGGACAAAGGGGUGGCUAUGCAUCAUCUAUACAAGGAAAAAGCUCUUAUAUGAAUUUCAAUGCAGAUCUAGCUAAAUCACCUGGUCCAGCAUCUUACUUUCCAAAUAACCAAAACGGAAAUAAGAAAAAUCCACCGUCAUUUUCUAUAUCGGGACGAGGAAAACCGGAAAAGUACGAUAACUCUGUACCGGGUCCCGGUGCCUAUAGUCCAAGUAUGGUUAACAUGACAAGUAGUCCCCGGUAUCCUAUUGGUGUUCGACAUUCACAGUUCCAAAUGCCCGUAAUGCCUUUAGCUAAUGUGAGCGAUUAACAAACGUUGCAAUAGACAUCAUUUUACAUCCUUUACUAUCAGUAUUUUGUUUAAUGUGAUAUUUGUCCGACAUAUAAACUUUUAAUAAACCCGUGAUUGAAACAAUGAUACUGCGAAAUAUACUUGUUCUGUAAAUUAUGCUUCAUUUUUCGUGAUCAUGGCAAAGCCAUAUGAAGCAUUAUUAGAGUUCCUGAAGAGUCAUGAUUAUUCGAUGUUAUACGUAAUGGAAUUGUAUUCAGAAGAAAUAAUUUCUAGUCUUGACAGAUUCGGCUGGAUUUCAAAACUCAUUUCAUUUUCUUAAAUUAUACGCUUUUCAUGUGUUUAUCAUGAUUUAUUGACUGUCAAUCCAACAAGUUGUAUACAUCUUACUCGUCCACUUGUUUAGUAUGGGAAUCUUAGGAUUCAUACAUGAAAAGAGUGGUUUGGUUAUGCGAAAGACGCUGUACCAUGCUAUCAUUGGUUAGGGGAGGGGGAUAAUACGAAAAUGAACUGUGAUAUCUGUGAUAUUUAUCUCACUGUAUUAAUUAUCAGUUGAUAGUCUUUCUUGACUACUCUGUUUUGUCAUUGUUUACACACAAUAAAUCUUUAUUUUUGAUUG